UUUGUUUGUGUCUAGAUCACGCUGCUGAAGUAUUUCCGCAACUACAUGAGCGAGCACCUCUUGAAGGCCGGUGCCAACAUCACCCCUCGUGACGGUGACGAGUUGACGCGUCUGCCGUCGCUGAACUACUGGUUCCGCACCAAGAGCGCCAUCGUGCUCCACCUCAGCAACGGAACCGUGCAGGUCAACUUCUUCCAGGACCACACCAAGGUGAUCUUGUGUCCGCUGAUGGGUGCAGUGACGUACAUCGAUGAGCGUCGCGAGUUCCGCACGUAUCGCCUGAGCCUCCUGGAGGAAUUUGGCUGUAGCAGGGAGCUCGCCGGACGCCUGCGAUUUGCACACAACAUGGUGGAGAAACUACUGGCCAACCCCACGUCAUCGCAGCGCUGAAAACACACACACACACACACACACACACACACACACACACACACACACACACACACACACACACACACACACGCGGCAUGGUGAAGCUAAUGGCCAAAGCCACAUUAAAACAGUGACACACACGUUUACCCCCUCAGGCACCCUUCCAUGUAUACACACACACACACACACACACACACACACACACACACACACACACACACACACUGCAUUAGUCAGUUCUGUAUUCGCAGUCCAACCCCCCUCCUCCCGAAUCAGUUUGUUUUGUAGCUUCGUGCUGAUGAAUUAUGGGAUGGUGGUGGGCUGGCGAGAGGUCUUGCUGAGAUGAUCAUGUCCUCUUCUGUCUGUCUGUCCUGGUCAGUCCGUAUAUAUGUCUCUCUGUGUUGUUGGUCUUGAGUGUGUGCCUGCUUUGGGUGUUUUUUAUGUUUUUAUUCUUGUGUAAAAAUGUUUGUUACCAUUCAAUGUUUUCCAGAGGUUUUGUACUAUUUUAAAUAUCUGUAUAAAUGAAUAAAGACCUUAUUUGGGAA